AUGUCUAGAGCUGACCACACAAUAAUAAAGAACGUCGUUUUUUAUCUUGAAUCAAUGCGUGACUUGUGCCAAUUUGUUAAGAUAAACAAACACACUCGAAUGCUAAUAAACACAAUAAAUUAUUGUCCUAUCAAACUGCUAUCGAAAGAGUUACCUGAAGUAUUAAUGUACUAUUUUCCAUCUACAAAAGCAAUGUGUGUCAAUCUUUUAAAUUCCACCCUUCCAAAACAAAUAAUUGAAAAAGUCCAAUGUAUUGAAAUUGACUACUUUGACCACGACAAAACUACCAAUGUGUUCAAAAGUCAUGAAACUCUUUUGGAAAAGAAGAACACAUUACAAAAAGUUUACAAACUGAAAAUCACAAUGGACUACUUUGAAACGUUUGCAGCAAACAUUUUAUUAUACACACAUUUGUGUGUGUUGUACAUUAACGGAAUUAACUCGACAACACAUCUCAAUAGUAAUUUACUUGAAUGCAUUUCAAAAAAUACAUUAAAGAAAGUCAUAGUAUGUGAUGGGGUGGACAGACUCCUUUCUAUUUUAACAAUUUUCCCGUUCAACAAACACAAACAAAUUAUGUACUUUUUCAUUAUGACAAAUACCACAAAACAUGGAGAUCCUCCAGACUUUACAUUACUCAAAAACACCCCACAAAACCUCAAAGUUUGGACAACCUUUAUAUCAAAACAAACAAUAGAAAAUCGAAUUGCUUAUUUACCAAUACAAGGGAUGUUUGAUCCUUAUUAUAAUGGAGGAAUCACAAUUUUAAAAGACGUGAACGGGCAUGAGAGAACUAUUGACAGUGAAGUUUUUCGGUGUUGUGAAGACAAAAUUAAUAUUGAAUGGUACCACAAAGAAAUUUUUGAUUUGUGGGGUUACAGCGACAAAAGAGGAGAUGAGAUGAAAGAGCAAAUCAAUGAUGAAAUGAAGUCGCUUAAUUUCAGCGACACACAAAAUAUACAUCAAAUAAAAGUAUCUGAAAUUGCAAAAUGCACUGUUAAAAUGCCCAAAACCGCAAAUGUAAUUGAAAUAUCAUGUGUAUCAGAAAAGAUGGAUUUGAAUGGUUGUAAACCUGAAACGAUAGAAGUGUAUAAUUACACUGGAGAAAGUCUGAUUAUUAAUGAUCAAAAUUUGAAGAGAUAUGUUUCAGGUGGAAAUUUUACAAAAAUGCCGAAGUGGGUUCACAACGGUAUUAUCAACAAUAAUAAAUAUGUCAUUGAUAUAAAUACAAUUGAACACUUCUACGUAAAUGACAUUGGGCGAAUGAAUGUCUUUGAAAUAACACAAGGAAGUAAAAAAGUGACUCUUUUGGAUUCAAAACAAUUUUUGUGGGAUAAGGAAAAGCGGAAAAUCUAUUUGAAAGGAGCUGAAGGACGAAUAGAUCUGUCUGAAAUAGAGUUACACAAAGUGUGGUGUAAACGAGGAGAGAAUGAGACUGAAAAUAUGUUUGAACCAACCCUCGUUUUAGGAGAUGUUUGGAAAGUUGAUAUCACCGACGAGGUAUUCAAUGAGAUUCAUUUAGGAAUUAUUGAAGAACUCACUCUAAUCAAUGUAAAUGCUAAAAAACUCGAGGUUUCCCAAUUAAAACAGGUUGUUGGCUGGAACUCUAAUUUUGGCGCUUACACUAUUAGUACACUGACUCAACAAUAA